GUACGAGAUUGAAGCUGGCGAAGAGGGCAUCCGAGAGUUUGUACUUUACGUGCUGAGCGCGAAGGGAAGUUCGAGAUUGCAGAGCAGAUGCUAGUUGCAAAGUUAUAUUGUAUAUUAGCAUACUGCAAGGCACAAAACAAAUAACGAUCGACACAAUAAGGAGAUAUGAAUAUUAAGUCGGCGGAGUCUAGCCUUCAGAGCACAACAUUCGAAUACGAGGCAAUAUUUCACAAGGUCGUGGGAGUGUGGCCAGGUGAUGAUUAUUUUCUAGCCAGAUACAGUCGAAUUAGAGGCUACGUGCUGGCGGCUUUCGCAGUCGUAGUCUGCGUCUUUCAGUUCACCGCGCUGUUGGAGGCGAAUUCAGACGAUGUGCCCGAAACCAUAAUCGAGGGAAUGGGAGCUAUAAUCCCGAUAGUAAAAAUUGUGCCAGUAAUAUGUUACAGGAAUGAUUUCAUAAACCUGAUGCGGAUGACCAAAGAGAUCAAUGAGUUUUCAACGCUGACUGACGAAGAAGAGACUAUCCACAUCGACUGGCAGAGUGUUCAGGACAAAUUGAUGAAAAUUAUCAGCAGAUAUUACUUUUUAACCGUAAUAGGGCUGUAUUUUGUUGCCCCGAUGUUUCGAAACGCGUUACCCCUGCGAGGAAUCGUACCAGAAGUAUUACGUGUGACUCCUUGGUUUCAAAUGAUUUACGUUCUACAAUGUCUGCUGCUUCUGUCGAAUGUGAUCACUUCCAUAUCCAGCGACGCUUUUUCCGUAACAUUCAUGUGUCAGCUCUGCAAACAACUAGAACUUGUCCAGUGUUCUAUCAAGCAUUUAGGCAGCCACACCAAAGUCAACCUAGCCGAAACGAUAAAUAGACACGCUGUCGCCUUGGACUAUGGUCAACGGGUCUGCAACACCUUGAAGACCAUGUUUCUUCUUCAACAUAUUUUUAUAUCGAUGUUUCUAUGCUUCGCCGGUGUCAUCGUCCUCAAUACACAGAAUUCUCUAAUCCUGAUGAAGAUGAUCGUCAUCUCCGUGAUCUUCGUGUCCACGCUUCUGAUAAUCUGCUUUGUAGGUGAAACCAUCACGAGCUCGAGUCUGAAAAUUGCCAGUGCAACUGAGAGCAGUAACUACGAAAUCUUUUUGGGUGACGUUUCGACUCUCAGGACGGUGAGCUUUAUACUGUGUCGAGCUCAGAAACCAUUGCGUAUGGCUGUUUCUUUGAGCGGCAGUAUGAACCUUAGCUUCUUCACUGAAACCAUGAAUAAGCUCGUUUCGGCUUUUAUGAUUCUGAGGACUAUGAUGGAGUGAUGUACAAUAUUGUAUAAGGAUAUGUACACUGAAAAUUGGAGCUUUAAUUAAAUGUCCUAAUAAAUAAAGAUUUUAGUUCUACCGUUAAA